UUUUUCUCUAAUACACAUUGGACACAAUUAACGGCACCCUUUUAUUCAAUACUUUUUGAAACCUCCAUUUGCCAGUUUAACAGCUCUAAAUGUUCUCCUAUAAUGCCUGAUGAGGUUACCAGUACCAGUAGUUGUGUCCAACAUGUAUUUGAGAAAAAACAUUUCAUAAUGAAAUUUGCUAUAAAUAGAACUUCUUAUAUUAAAAACAAACAAUCAAGCCCUGCUCAAAUUUAAAAAGUAAUGCAUAAGUAAUCUAACAUUACUUUCCAUAAAAAGUAACUAAGUAACGUAAUUAGUUACUUUUUUAGGGAGUAACGCAAUAUUGUAAUGCAUUACUUUUAAAAGUAACUUUCCCCAACACUGUUGAUUAGUAUUCAAACGUUCUGUAAGCAUGAAGUAGCAGGAUCAAAAUGUGCAGAGGACAAAGGCUAUGUUUGAAAUAAAGAAUUUGAUUACUACUUAGUGUAUACAGCCCACUAUUAAAAAAUCUAUUAAUAGAACAUAUUGUUGCUGCUGCAGAUUUUACUGUGCACAGCAAAGAAUACCUGAUCUUCUACAGUAUAAUCAGGGUUAGGCUAUUAUAGUUAUCUAAAAAAAAUAAUAAUAAUAAUUAAAAAAAACAACAAAAAACAAGAAAACAUUAUCGUUACUUACAUUAUUGUUUACAACAUUUCUCAUUUUAGAACUAAGAUACCUAAAAAUGUAUUGAAAAAAACCUUACAGAUAUAUUAAAAUAAUAAUAAUAAAUAAAAUAUAUAUAUAUAAUCAAGCCAAAAAUUAUUCAGAGACCAGAUAUAUAAUUUUUGAUAUUUUUUUACUAGUGGGUGCAGGACAUUAUAUAGUUAAUUUAUGUAAGUGAGGAUAGAAAAAUAAAGUACUGUGACAUAUUAUACCCACAAAUUCUUCAUACAGUGGACUACCAGUAAAAUAAACAUUUGGGACAAUUAAAUUAAUUAAAUUAUUCAGAAACUUUGACCUGACCAUGUUUUGCUUAAGUGUUUUUUCUUUUUCUUUAAUAGCUAAUGCUAACUUUUUACACCACAUUGAACAAAAUUAAGCAUUGCUUGGUAAUUGGUUGACCUAAAUUGGUAUUAUCUAAUUGUGUACUUAAAUUUAACAGGUGACAGCUAUUCAACCCAAUUCAUUACAUACCAUUCUAUCAAAGUUAUCUGACAUUAUCAAGAUUAAUUUGUUCUGACACAGUUUAACUCUGAGUUCUUGUCAUAUUUUAUUACCAUUUUCUAGACAAUAGCGAAUAAACUGUGAUAAUGUGAGAAAUGUUGUCUGAAUAAAUUAUAUGUUAUAAAUAAAUAAUUUAUAUAAAUAAAUAAUAAAUUAUAAAAUAAAUUAUAUAUUCUAUAUUCGUUUUCAGUCAUUUUGUUUUGUGUGUGUGUGUGUGUGUGUGUGUGUGUGCGCGCGUGUUUUUGUGAAAAAUGAGGACAUAAAUUUGUAUAAUGACAAGGGUAUUACAAGGAGAAGGUGACUUUUCAGUGUGUGUGUGUGUGUGUGUAUAUACAUGCCCCAAAACAUGGUACUACUAAGUUACCAUGGUAGAAUUUGUUUAUUUUCAGCAUGAGUUAUUAUAUGAGUAAUGAGUUACUGCUAGUCAGAUAACGGGGUGAGAGAGAGAGAGAGGUUAUGUAAAAGUGGCUGUUUACCUCAAAAAGUUUCUCUGGCACCAGAUCGUUGUCUAGUAGGCCUAAAUGAACUGGAUUCUGAACCCACAGUAUGCUAAUGCUGAGAAGCAAGAACAUCUGACCAUCUGUACAAUGCCAACAUGUGUAGGCCUAUGUCUGCUGAUUUUGUAGGGGUAGACUGAAUAGAUUUGAGACAUGUGUACAGUUGAAACACCUUAAAUAACUUGCAUACACAAGAACCCCGAGCCGUGAUUUUUGCUCCACACAUGUGUUUUAGUGUUCUCUUUGAUCGUGGGAAAUUUGAAAUGUGUCCCUCUUUCCACUCCGAAGAUAUCGGCAAAAGUAAUUUUUUUUCCAAAGUGAGAUUUUCAUUUCACCAUGUCCCUUCCACAAUGAAUAGCUUAUUAUUCUUUUAUGAUUGUUAAACUUAACAUAUCAUUGCAAACGUUACUCUGUGCUCUAAAAAUAGACAUAUUUUAUGACAUUGUGCCAUGCAAGGUCUUUUCAUAAUCUAGAGAAACGUGCAAGCAUGUCAGUGGGGUUCGGUUGAGACACAGUGUAUCAACUCUACCUGGAUUGGUCUCCUAUUGCUUCACAUGCUGUUUAGUUGUACAGUGUUAUGAUAAUAGGAUAAAAGUCACAUUUACACAUAUGCUACGCAAAUUCUGUUAAAAAAUGAUAUUUGUGAUAUUUCAACUGUCUAUUAUUAAUGGACAUAUUUUCUAACAUGAAUGUUAAAAGGAUUACAUAGCAUUUUAAGAAAUAUACAAGGUGGUAAAGUGUGUACAGUUGAGACACCCUUUAUAGGUUGCUAUGUACUGUAUACAGUAACAGUCCAAUCAUAGAAAAUAAAAUGCAUACGGAGGCUGUGUGUUUGUGUACUGGCAUCACCUACAUUAUGGGGACCAAAUGUCCCCACAAGUAUAAUACCAGUAAAUUCUAACCUUAUGGGAAUAUUUUUAGGUCCCCGUGAUGAAACAAGCUUAUAAAUCAUACAGAAUGUUUGAAAAUGUAAAAAUGCAGAAAGUUUUGAGUGAUGCGUAGGUUUAGGGGUAUAAGGGUUAUAGAAUAUACAGGUAUGUAUAUUGUUAUUUUUACUGUUAUGUUUACAUUUGUACUGUUUGCCAUAUAUGUUUCUAGUGUUAAAUAUUUGUUCCUAUUUUGUUUAGCUGAAUCUGAAUUAAAUAAAGCAAAUAAAUAAAUGUAUUUUUAAACUGCAAUUAUUAAAACUGUAAUUUUGUAAUUUAUUACAUUUGCAAUAAAUGGUUAGCCAGCUUUAGAGCAUUAAGAAUGGGUGUCUCAACUGUACCAUGCUACUGUUUCAACUGUACACCACAUGGGUACAGUUGAGACAAAAAUGCACCUCAUGUUUAUGAGCUAAUUGUGGAAAAUAUAAACUACUUAUGGCUAUUAUCAAUUUAUGAUAUUUUAGUACACAAGCAAAAGAAAUAUCAUGUGAAAAAUCCCCUCAUUUCAGCAUCUAGUUUUUGUGUAGUGAUGAAAAAAGCAGAGGGUCUCUACUGUACUCAGUCUACCCCUAACUGUGAAAUGCAGAAUCUAAAACAUUUCUUCAUUUAUGUCAUGCUUUAAUGUUUGUUUUCAAAAUUCUCAAACUGUAUAGAUUUACUUUUUAGGGCUAAUUUGAAUUCCUAUAUUUGGUGCUCAUUGAAUAUGUUAAUGUACAGUAAUGUGCUUUUGGUUUACUCUGACUGGAUUUGUUUAAUAUGGGGUAUGUAUGAUGCUAUACUGUAUGACAAUAUAAGUCACUAUGAAAGGUGUUUUCAUUACUGUGGAAAAAUAACCACAAGUUGCUGUGGGGAAAAAGCACAUGGGUCAUAUUUUUCUUUUGAAUUUUAAAUUUUUAACAGAUAAACAAAACAAACAAAAAGUUAAUCAUAAAAUGAAAUAGCCUACAGGUCAUUUAUGUAAUAAACAGAACUGGAACAUGUGAAAUUAUGAUUAACAUCCUAACAAAAUACGCGCCCUGCUGUUUGUAACGUUAGUUGUUUUGGAAGAAACCGUUCGAAUUCGAAUGACCUGGUUAUAGCGGAACUCCAGCCCUGUAACAGGUCAACAUUCGCUUUCCCUACAUCACUUCCGCGCUCUUCUAACUUUAUGAGCCAGAUCGUUCCAUACAGCUAGGCGGGAGAUUUGGAAGCAGCUCUUUCUGUUUUACUACUCCUCGUGUCAAAUACAGAAAUACACAGAUUCUUCCAGACAGUUCAGCCGAUGACAGAUCGAAUUAAUGGGAGUCAGCGCCCAAAUGGACCCGUUAGACUUUCUAACGAACGAAGAGUUGCUGUUUUUCUUCCACCGGAAAAAGACAGAGAUUUCGUGCAUAGAACAACCGCGCAGACUUCUCACUCAGCUGUGCGACCACGAUCUGGUGCCAGAGAAACUUUUUGAGAAUGUGAAAAAGAUGCGUUCUCGUGAGCAGAAGGAGAAGGGCUUCUAUGAGGUUCUGGACUGGUUGGAGAAAAAUAGACCUCAGUACAUGCAUCAGUUCUGGCGCUGUGUGUUUGAAGAUCAUAUCCUGCAGCUGUACCCAACGCUACGCAUCCUCAGAAACAGUCUGCUGGAUGGCACUUUCAAACUCUAUGAGAAACCUCCGGAUGUUGAGACACUGACUGAGGAGGAGAGUGAAGGAAAGCCAGAGAAAGGGAAGGAGAAGAGCUACAAAAGAAAGACAAGUAAAGAUGGCAGAAGUAGUGAGGAUAGUGAUGAUCCUGGUCCUUCCUCUACUUCCACACCCAAGCGGAGGAAACCAGCCAAAAAACCUUCAUUCUCAUCUCCUGUGAAGAAAGGUGACAAGCAGGAGAUUUGGACAUGGCCUAUUUAUAAAACUCAGCUGCCUGUAACCUGUGGGGAUAAAGAAGGCACUCUCUAUCGGGACAAACUGCCCGAAGGGGAGAAGUGUAUUUUGUCCAAAGGAUGCUGGUUCACCCCAACUGCUUUUGAGAAGUUUGCGGGGAAGGAAAAGUGCAAAAACUGGAAAAUCAGCAUCCGCUGCAGAAACACACCGCUUAAGAAACUCAUAGAAGAGGAGCAUCUUCAGUGUCCACCGAUGGAGAGAAGAAAGAGAACAUGUGUCCAAAAACAGAACAUGAAUGAGCUGUUUCCGGUCAGCUCGUCUGAGAGCUCCAGUAAAGAAUCAAGCUCUGGUUCGAUGGAGGAAAGUGAUCCUGAAGAUUUCCAAGAGCAGGGAGGGAGAGGAGGAGGAACAGAGUUUAGAGGGAGAGUUGAGGAAGAGGAGGAGGAAGAAGACAUGGCAGAUCUGUCUGUUUUCCAGGCUCCCUCUUUACCAGUCACCUGUGUUUCACUUACUGGGACUCUGUACAAAGACAGGUUUGCGUCAGGGAGUCGUGGGAAGUGUAUACGUACAGAGGAAAGAUGGUUCACUCCUGAGGAAUUUGUAAAGCAGGAACCGACUCUCACUGAUGGACACUGGAAGAAAGAUAUACUGUGCCAUGGAAAAACACUCAACUUUUUACUCAAGAAAGAAAUCCUGCGCAUCCAUUCCCUUCUGUGUGAAUGUGUGAAAUGCAGCACUCUAGAGCAAGACGUGAUGGCCCAGGACAAUGAUGACGAGUGUUACGUGUGUCGCUCUGAGGGAGAUCUUGUGUGUUGUGAUGAGUGUCCACGAGCUUUUCAUUCACACUGUCACCUACCAGCUAUAAAUGGAGACUCACCUGGGGAAUGGAUUUGUACCUUUUGCGUGUUAAGAAACAGUCAACAAUGGCGUGACUCCAGUAACAUGUCUGAACAAGAAGCUUUCAAUGCACCAGUGUCUCAACACAUAUUGCACUGCCACUGCCUCCUGUUAUGUGUGUACAGAGAGGACAUCCAGAAGGUGUUUGUUAAGGAUCCACGACAAACGGUGCCCAGAUAUAAGGAGUUCAUAACUCAGCCGAUGUGGCUGGACAGAAUAAAGCAGAAGUUGGAAACUGGCGCGUAUCAGACGGUAGAAGAGUUCGUCUCUGAGUUUCAGCUCAUUUUCAGCAACUGCAGCACGUUCAAUAAGGAAAACGAGUUUGGCCAAAUGGGUGCCAGGCUGAAGCAAAUAUUUGAGGAAGAGUUCCAGAAAAUCUUCAGUAUCCAAUGACAGCUUUCUUUUACAAGUCUUUCAAAGAUACAAUUGGGAGCUGGGUAGCUUCGAAUAUUCAUUAGAUCUCAUACUGUAUAUAUGUAUACAAUUUUUAAUUUUGCAGUCCUGCAAAGAAUAAGCGGUUUGGAAAAUGGACGGAUGCGGUACAGGACUUAGUUGAUGUUCAACACUAUAUAUACAACACUAUAUAUAUAUAUAUCUUUUUUUGUAAUGUCAUCUUUCCAAUGAAGUGAGGGAUUAUGUCAUUCCCAACAUUAUACUCAUGGUAAUUUGAUUAUGACAGUACAGAAGAUCUGCUACUAUCAACUUUUUCUUCUACUCCAUAUAGACCUUAAUCACUGUCAGUGUUCAGGUACCUUAAAGGUGAAGGGUGCCAUUUCUGUAAUUGCAAGAACAAUGAUUGUUUUAAAUAGGUUCCUAAACAAUCUGACCACCCUUUCUGACCUGCUCCGUCUUCCAUUGUUCAAAAAACAGGCAGCCCCACCACCAAACACACAGCAUUAAGAACACUAGAGCCAGAUAUUUGCAUUCUUUUUUGGAAAUUUAAUCUAAAAAUGUCGUCUUCUUUUUUAAAUUUGUGGCUUUGUGUUUUAACCUGGGAUAAAUGGAAGAAUUUUAACAAUAAAAAUUGCACAAUUCACCAGACCUAAAUCAAAAUGUAUUGCAGCAUUUUGUUGUUUGAAUCAUUUGCUGUUCAUUAUUCGUUUUUUUUUUUUAUUACAUAUAAACAUAUACAUUAUAUACAUAUAAAUAUAUUAUAUACAUAUAAAUAAAUACCUUUAUGUAAAAUGUUGGAUAAUUAAAAAAAAUGUUUAUUAUUAAUAAUAGUAGUAGUAGUUUUUGUUUUAGGUAUUUUUUGUGUAGUUUCUUUUUGUUCUGUAGACUUUUUGUAUUUUGGGUAUUGAUGACCAGUUAUAUGUGUAUGUAGAUAUACAGGUGGCACCUGGUCAGGUGAGUAAAUUUAACAAAAUAUUUGUAUUACACCUGGGUUGCCCUUUAAGGGAUAGUUAAAACUAAAAACUAAAAUUUAAAGUCAUCAUUUAUCACUUAAAGCUGCAACUGGUUGUUUAUCAACAUUCUUCAAAAUAUCACCAGUUUUCAGCAGAAAAAAACUGGUUUGGAAUAACUAUCCUGACUCUUUUACUGGAGCACAAUGUAUAAAUAAUAAUAAAAAAAAGGCUUUCUUGUUGAUUAAACGUACGUUUAUUUGAAUUACUAAAAACCCUAUGUUAAAAACAUGUAGGAUGAUUCAAAUACCAGCUGAAGCGAAGAUAUCCUGCGCAUCCUUUUCAGUCACGCACGCCCCCCUUCUCGUGCUUCUCCUCCUACUUUCUCUUUACUUGGAGUCGGACGAUAAUUCAGGAUACACCGCUGUAAUCACUGCGGUCAAGCCAGCCGCGGUUUGAAAAUACACGGUCAAGCCAGCCGCACUUUUUUGUUUGCGCGUCUAAUCGCGCGCUUACGGUAUAGGUGCUGGGAGCGGUCAAAAUGGAUGUAAAGAAGCUGUCAUAACGGCGUUUCCUUUGUACUUUUGCUGAUAUUUUCAAUAGCUUGCCGUUCACGGUGACCUAAAAUAUGUCUACAUUAAACAUAAUUUAACCCUAAAAAGACCAUAAAGCGACAUCAGAAUAUGUAUUUAUUGCUAUUUUAUAAUUUUAUAUAAUGACAUAA